AUGUCGAAGAGCAGCUGCUUACGCAAUGGCUACAGCAAGGUAGCCCGUGUGCUCGGCAAGGGAGACCCCAAGAAGCAAGACCUUCCAAUGGUAGAAGACCACCCUGCGGGACAACAACAUGCACAAGAAACCGUGGAGACGUAUGGUACAGUAACAAAUAACAUAAAAAGGCUAAUCAAGGAGUUCAGAAUUCCCUACCAGAAACCCUAUCUCCAUUCUUACUUCAUAGACCUAUCCAAAUGCGGUGCAGUUGAAAAUGAUUAUCGUUAUGUUGGUGUGUAUAAGGUGUUGGAUGUGUUACAGAAGAUAAAAGCAGAGGAUGAUUCAACUCUGGUCAUGCAGGGAAGGGAUAUGUGGAAUUGUGGAUCAUGUGCCAUGAAUGUUGAUGGCACUAACACUGUGGCCUGCCUUAAGCCCGUUCAUGCAGCCACUAGCGAGGCGAUCAGAGAUCUUACAACGAAGGCACCUGAGUGUAUCCUUUGUGCUUGUUGCAGUGCUUCAUGCCUGUCGUAUUGGUGGAACCCCGAGGAAUUCCUUGGACCUGCUCCUUUGCUCCAAGCUUAUCGAUGGAUCUGUGACAGUAGGAAUGAAUUUGCGGAUGAAAGGUUGCAAGCAUUAACGGAAGAUCACAUGAGAUUAUACAGAUGCAGAACUAUGAAGAAUUGCACUGCUAUCUGCCCCAAAAGCCUAAAUCCUGCCGAUGCUAUUCACAAGAUGAAGAUUAGGCAUUUACUUUCUGUGCGAACGGAGGAAGUGGAAACCGAUAACAGUGUCAAAGUAGGCUAA